AUGGUUUCUCAUUCGAACAAAUUUUCUCUCCAGUACAACGGUUUCAAACUCUUCGACUUUGGCAACACGACGUUACUUUAUACUCAGCUCGAUAUAUCUGGAAAACUAGCUACCGACUAUCUACCAACUACAACGAAUCGACAACGCAUCGACAACAUGGCAACCGCCAAUAACACUCUCUACCCGAAGAUUUCUGGCAAACCGAAGAACCUGCUUGUGGAAUUUUCAAAAUAUCAGAGGACCUCGAAGACUCGACGUGUUACUUCCAUUUCUCUAACAGGAACGGUGAAGCUCCAUGGAACUCACGGCGAUAUUCUCAUCAGGACAGACAACACUGUUCAGCUUCAGUCUCGAAAUGGCGAAGUUACUACCGCUCUCGACAGUUAUCGCUUUCUUGAUUUUGUUCAGGCGGCUCAAACCGAAAUCCUGGAUUUGAAAGAGCGACUCCAUGCUCGGUUUUUGAAGCUGAAUCCAAGAGCCAAAUUACUCGACGAGCAUCCCCUGAUUAUCGCUGGAGAAUGGAUCGGUCCAAAGAUACAAAAAGAUGUCGCCGUGAGCGCAUUGCCAGAGAGGUAUUUUGUGAUCAUCUCUGUUUCCAUCAAUGGCGAAUGGCAGCCAGAUGAGCUUUAUUCGGACAUCGAAAAUGAAUCGGUAUGCAUUGUCAACAUAUCGCGAGGAGGCUUCUUUCACGAGACGAUUCUUCUUAAGGACCCACAACCGGCUCUUGCGAAGAUGCAAGCUUUGGCCGAUGCCGUGGAGGAAGAGUGUCCUUUUGCCAAAGCUUUUGGCAUCAUUGGUCUGGGUGAGGGCAUCGUUUGGAAACCAGCUGCACCCCUUUGUCAUGAAGCAAAGUAUUGGAUCAAAUUGAAGGGACCAAUCUCUAUGGGAACGGCUGUGGCGGAACCGGCUGCUAGGAUGCCGCAACGGAGCGGUUUUGUAACUCCUGUUUUUGGGGCACCAACUCUUCCCUCUGCUGUUGCAAAUAGGGUUGUUCCGAGUAAACCAAUGGGAAAUACAAUACCACCACGAGGAGGGUUUGUGACUCCUACAUUUUCGUCGUCAACUUCUGCUGCUGCGGCGAGCAGGGCUUCUAAUAGGAUAACGGGUAACACAAUUUCAUUGCAGGGUUUGGACUUGGGUCAACUUCCCUCGACACCGGCUGCUACAAGUCGGGCUACUAAGAAGGGCAAAUCGGAGAACUUAAAACUUACUCAAAGUAAUGCGUUUACGCCAUUGGUACCAAGAGUCGUCGGCGGAACUGUAUCGGAGAACCAAGAGCCAGCUCAAAGUAGACCUGUGCCACUCAUGCCCACGAAAAUCGCAAAGGGGAACUUACAAACCCCCAACAACAUCGAAAGAAUUAGACCUAUACAAGAGGUGUCCAAGAAAGUUGGCGAUGUCACACCGACGAUAGCGAAACCUAUGGAGAGUGUCAAAUCUGUACCGCCAAUACCUCAAAAGAUUCAGCGAACGAAAUCGGAAAUCCUGAGCCUUUACCAGAAUGUUAGCCCGACGACAGUGUCACCGGUAGUUCAAAGGGUCGACGAAUUCAAGCCAGAUAUUGCUGAGCCUACUGAGAGCGACAAACCCAUCCCAGCAAUAUCCGAAGAAAUCAAGCUCGAAUUAUCAGAGGAUCAGGACCUUGGCGGAUGGCUUAUGCCAUAUUUCUCGAAGAAAACCGACAGCGAACAGCCCGAAAACACAAGUCUCAGUCCUUCGUCACUACUUGAGGAAGUUGAAGAGGUGAUUUCAGAGAAUAUGAAGCAAAGUUCUCUGUCAGUGAUACUCGAGGAGGCCGACGCAGGAUCAUCAGAGAUUGGGAUACCAAUUUACCCACCUUUAAUACUCAAGAAAUCCGAGGAACCGGGAAUGGCGGCAGCCAGGACUUCCGCAUGUGAGGUAGUCAGGGAAAGAAGACUCGAGCAAGGAUGGCAAUACCUUGGUGAAAUGGGGGUUCCCACAGAUAAAAACGGUGUUGAGGUCUUCCUGAAAUGGCUAUGGCAUGACGUAGCAGUAGAAGAAAAGGCAGAGAUUGAAGAAAUGGAAAUUAAUAGGGCGCUUUUAAAAAAGGAGAUUGAGAGAAUUGGCAGAGAUUGGUAUUUUGAGGAGUUGGCAUUUGGCGAGCAUAAUGAGAAUUUUGGGAUUGGAGCGGAGUGUUAG